AUGAAGCCGGAGAACCUUCCUGAGGAGAAUGGCAGCACGAAGACAGAGAACCUCCCCGAGGAGAACGGUGAGGCAGCGGCCGCCGGCCAGGACAAUCUCACACCCGGGAGCUGUGAGAAGAAACGCCACUGGAUUCAGCGCCUGGUCCCAGAUAACUUCUGGGAGGACGUGAAGAAGCUGCUGGUGCUGGCGGGGCCGCUGAUCCUGAUCCAGCUGCUGAUCUUCCUGAUACACCUCGUUAGCUCCAUAUUCUGUGGCCACCUGGGCAAGGUUGAGCUGGCCUCCGUCACGCUGGCCAUCGCUGUUAUAAAUGUUACUGCCAUCUCUGUAGGUUAUGGUCUGACUUCAGCAUGUGACACCUUGAUAUCACAGACCUAUGGCAGCAAGAACCUGCUGCGGGUGGGGGUGAUCCUGCAGCGUGCCACCAUCAUCAUCCUCCUCUGCUGCUUCCCUUGCUGUGCCAUCCUCAUCAACAUCGAGCAGCUAAUGCUCCUCAUCCGGCAGGACCCCGAGGUCUCCAGGUUAACCCAGCACUAUGUGAUGGCAUUUGUCCCUGCUCUCCCGGCGGUUUUCCUGUAUAACCUGGAGACAAGAUACCUGCAGAACCAGAUGAUCAUGUGGCCGCUGGUGCUGAGUGGAGUCAUCGGCAACAUCGUCAAUGUGGCUGCAAACUGCAUCUUCCUCUACGUGUUCCACUUCGGCAUCACGGGCUCUGCCUGGUCCAACACCGUUGCUCAGUACUCGCAAGCCAUUUUCUUGUUCCUGUACAUCAUAGGCAGGAAACUCCACGUGAAGACCUGGGGAGGCUGGUCCAGCGAGUGCCUGCUGGAGUGGGACAGCUUCACCUCCCUGGCCAUCCCCAGCAUGCUCAUGAUGUGCAUUGAGUGGUGGACCUACGAAAUCGGGAGCUUCUUGAUAGGCCUGCUGAGCGUUGUCGAACUCUCCGCCCAGUCCAUCAUCUAUGAGGUGUCUGUCGUUGCUUUCAUGAUCCCCCUGGGGCUCGGCACAGCUGCCAGUGUGCAGGUGGGGAAUGCUCUGGGUGCUGGAGACUUCGAGACAGCCAAGAGAUCCUCCACCACCAGCCUGCUCUGCACAGGGGCGUUCUGCAUAGCCGUGGGGAUCAUUUUAGCCUCCACGAAGAACGUGCUGGGAUACAUCUUCACCAAGGACAAGGAGAUCGCUGACUUGGUGGCAUGGGUCAUGCCUGUCUAUGUUGUCUUCCACUUGUUUGAAGCCACAACUGGUGCCUGUGCGGGGGUGCUCAGAGGCAUCGGGAAGCAGAAGUUUGGAGCCAUCCUGAACGCCGUGUGCUACUAUGGUGUGGGCCUGCCCCUGGCAGCUGUACUGCUCUUUGUGGCCAAGAUCGGCGUCAUAGGCCUGUGGCUCAGCAUGCUCGCCUGUGUCUUCAUCCUCUGCACCUGCUUCAUCAUCUACAUCUCCCGCAUGGACUGGAAGAAAGCAGCUGAGAAGGCUCAGCGCCGUGCAGGAGUGACCCAGCCACCACCUGAGGAUCCAAACCUGGGCCCUGAACCCUCCUGCAAGGAGCUUCCUCCUGAUGUGGGAUCAGCCCCCCAGCCCCACACUUACCUCCCUGCCAGAGCGGUGUUGGGGAGUGUUGCGGGAGUGGAUGUGCAGACCGACGUUGUGCUCACAGGCAUCACCAGGAGGGAGGGCUCGACGUACCAGCUGGAGCUCCAGGAAGCCACUUCUACCAUCUCCUCUCGGGCCACCCCUGUGGUCACCAAGGGGCUGAUCAUCCGGCGUGGGCUGGCAGUGGCUGCAGCCGUCGCUGUGCUCGCGCUCGGCAUCGCCGUAAAACUGAUGACCAGCAAACACUGACUCACAGCAGGGACUUUGGGGACUUGGUUUUGUGGUGAAAGCCCCUCCUGAUGGACAGAUGUUAAAAGCACAGACCAGCCAGCAAGAAAAUUCAGCACUGGCCUGUCCCACAGGAGUCAAAGGGCCACCGACAGCGUUCGGCAGCGUCUGCUCAGACAUUGCUCGGGAACGGGCCCUGAGGCUGCUCUAGGCUGCCUGACACACUGAGCGUGUGGGUGACCCCCUCCAGCCCAUGCUCAGAGCUAACCAGAGCUGAGCACAGCCCAGCUCACAUGGCUGCUCUGUGACAAAUGCCCAAUAAAGAAUAAAUCCAGCUGGA